AAAUUAUUUCUAUAAUAAAUAAAUUAUCCAGGAAUGUAAUGAGACAAUAAGGAUUGCGGGAAAUAACAAUCACCCUAUAACUGGUGUAUUGGUCGUGAUUAUCGUUUAGUUGUUAUGUGAUACUCUGCGCUAAUGUUCGAGAGGAACAAACUCGCAUCGCCUUGAUUUCGUGUAUUUAUGAAAGAAUCGGCGAUUUUCACGGACAGAUCGCGCUCCCAGUACCGCCGGGCAUCCAUGAUUCAUCGACGAUCGAUCGAAGGCAAUAGCACGCGAUGGCUCACGUACCCGUAAAGAAGAGGAAAGUCUCCCACGAGCACGACAUCCACAAGUUCCAAGGCAAGGAGUCGAUCAUCACCUCGCAGAUCGAGAUCUACGUGGAGGAGGCGCAGCCGAAGAUACCCGACGGCGGAUGGGGCUGGAUGAUCGUUCUCUCGGCGUUCGCGCUGAACGCCAUCUCCGAGGGGGUGAGCUUCUCCUUCGGGCUGCUCUACAUGCAGUUCGUCACCGAGUUCAAGGGCUCCAAGUCAGCCACGUCGUGGGUGGGCAGCUUGUUUCUGGCCGUACCUCUUCUGGCCGGACCCGUCGGUAGCGCCAUGGUUGAUAGAUACGGCUGUUUGAAGAUGACCGUGCUGGGCAGUUUGGUUUGUACCACUGGAUUCGUUCUCAGCAUGUUCGUGAACUCCCUAUCGGCUUUGUACAUCACAUUCGGAAUAAUCGGAGGCAUCGGAAGAGCUCUGACGUUCGUCACGGCGGUGGUGUCGAUAGCGUUUUGGUUCGAAAAAAAGAGGGCCAUCGCGCUGGGUUUGGCCGCCAGCGGUACCGGCGUGGGUACCAUAGUGUUCGCGCCGCUCACCACCCUUUUCAUCAACGAGUACGGCUGGCGGGGGACCAUGCUGAUGCUGGCCGGGUGCUUCCUGAACAUGAGCGUGUGCGGGGUGAUGAUGCGGGACCCCGAAUGGAUAGUGCAAGAGGAACGCGCGAAGAGGGAGGCCAAGAAGAUCGAGAAGAAGAAGAAGAAAGCGCUGAAGGAGAAGAAGAAGGUGAAGAACGACGAGUUUCUGUUGCAGAGGGUCAACACGUCCUUGGAUCUUACGGAGAAGAAUCGAAUCCGUUCGGUAAUCGAUUUACCGACGUUUGUUAGAGAAAAUGAAAAGCUUCCCGUGGAAGUUAUUAAUAAAUUAAGCGAGAAUAAGCAAGUGUAUAAAAUAAUUUUAGAAAACUAUCCCAGCUUGUUGAAGACCAAAAGCACGUCCACACAAGAAAUCCACAACAUUGAGAACCACAAUAAUGCGAGCAGAGUUCCGGUUAGGUUUUCGCUAGCCGUGCAAAAAACCGAAGAUACCAUCAUGGAGGAAGACGAAGAAGAAAACGAAGAAGAAACCAACAAUUACCAAAGCCCUCUUCUCGACGCCAUCACGGAGGCCAACGAAGAAGAAGAGCCGCACAGCUACCUGCAGAGCAUCCUUUUAAAAAGGAACAACACCAUAUCGAAUGGUAUCGGUAACGUUGGUAAUAGCAUCAAAGUUACCAUGUCCAGUCCCGAUAUGUACAGCGUAUACAGAAGUACAGUGACUAAUGUUCCAACUAAGAAAGUAAAAAAGAAAUGGUACGUUCAAUUCUACAAGUCGGUCACGAGCAUGUUGGAUUUUUCGCUGUUUCUGGAGCUGCACUUUUUCCUCCUAUCUCUUUCGACCACCAUCUUGUUCAUAUGGUUCAUCGUGCCUUAUUUCUACAUCGCCGAGUACAUGACGGACAUUGAUUAUACGGAAUCCCAAGCGUCUUUCGUGUUAUCGGCAAUAGGUUUCACUAAUACCAUCGGAAUGGUGUUUCUGGGCUGGGCUGGGGAGCGAGUGAACAUCGCGAAAACCUAUGGUAUUUGCAUAAUCCUAUGCGGAAUUAGCAUAGCGUGCAUCAUAUGGUUCUCCAGCAACUUCGUGAUGCUGGUGAUAGCGUGCGCUAGUUUCGGUCUCUUUUUCGCCAGCUGUUUCUCGCUGCUGCCCUCUUUGUUGGGGGAACUGGUGCCGCUGGAGGACUUCACCAUGGCCUACGGGCUGAUAUUGCUCUGUAUGGGAGUGGGAAAUCUCGCAGGACCGCCUUUAGCAGGUUUCCUCUACGACUUGACGGACUCGUGGGUGCUGUCUUUUUACCAAGCAGCUGGUUGGAUUAUAUUAAGUGGAGUAUUAAUCGGUUUGAUAGCGUUCACGAAGAACAGGAAAUUGGGAGGAUCGCCUCUUAACAAAGCGUAGAAAGAUAUUUAUUAUUAUUAUUUUUGUUAAAUAUAAUAGUUAUGUAAAAAUAAAUUUUAAAUCAU